AUGAUUUCAGAUAUUCAACAAUACGAUCAUGGAACCGGAACACAGGAUGCGGGUCAAGAACAACGACAUCAACAAACACAAGCACGACGACAACCACAACAACAAGAAGAACGGCAACGUUUACGACAACAACAGCAACAAGAACAGCGCGAACGGCAACGUCAACGUCAAGAAAGAAACCAACGACGAUAUGAGCGAUGGCAAGAACGCGUAGCUCAACGACAACAGGAACGAUAUCGACAAGAACGAGAACAACACGAGCACUAUGCAUACUUGCAGCGACGCUCGCCUAACUUUGACGAACUGAUGGAUGAGAUACUCGGAGAACGAGAGCUGGAAGAGUACUAUUUAGAAAGAAUGACUCCACAAGACAGACAGGAAGUUUGGGAACAAGAACAUUUAAACGAACUACAAGGAAAUCCUGCACCUCGAGCGCACGGAUUACCACUAGACGAUACAGAACGGUAUGCAAAAUUCCUUCAGGACCAACUACGGUGGGAUCAACACGAUCAAGCAAUGCGAGUCUACGACAUGCAAAACAACGACUAUGCACAACAAUGCAGAAGAAACCAGGAAUUACUUCGACAAAAAGAAGAGUGGGAAGACCUGGCAUUUCGUCAUCAACAAUUAUAA